AUGCAUGUGACUGAUGAAGCUAGUAUGCAAAGAAUGUUUUUUACCUAUCAUCAAACUAGAGCACAGGCUUCACUUAUCGAGUUGUAUGUUGAGUUCGAAGAAAUCGAUAAUGUUGACUUUCCAGAACCCAACAUAGACUGGGUGGGUUAUAAUACUGAAAGCGAUGAAGAGUUUGAAGGUAAUUAUGAAGUUGUUGGUCCAACUGAAAAUGUAGAGGAAGAUGAGAUAAUGGUUGAAAGAGAUGUGGCUGAUGUUGCAAAUGCACUAACCGGACAACAUCCAUAUGGAGAGCCAUCUUUUAUGCAUGCUUUGAAUCUUGAUGCCAUGCAUGCACCAGAAUUUUCUGAAUACGUCAAUACAGAAGCGAUAAAGCCAUUAGUUGAAGCUGACCCGUCCAUAAAGGUGAAGUCUAUCAUUGCUGAAGUGCAGUCGAAGUUCAACUACACGAUAAGUUAUCGCAAAGCAUGGUUGGCCAAGCAAAAGGCAAUGGAGAAAAUAUUUGGUGGGUGCAAAUCUUCAUAUGAAGCUUUUCCCACAUGGUUUGAAGCAAUGGUUGCAAAAGAACCAUCAGCAGCUGUUGAGUAUGAAAUUGCAUAUGCAUUCAGAAGUUGCAAGCCAGUGGUUCAGAUUGACAACACACAUUUGUAUGGGAAGUAUAAAGGAGCUCUUUUAGUUACAGUAUCACAAGAUGGCAAUGGAAAUAUCGUGCCUCUUGCAUUUGCCAUAGUCAAAGUUAAUCGGGAUGGUGUUGCCCUUAUCUCUGAUCGACACGAGUCAAUCAUCUCAGCUGUGGGUCGUAGUAAUGGAGCAUGGGAAUAUCCGAGAGCUAUUCACAUGUUUUGCAUCCGACAUAUAGCAUCCAACUUUUUGAGGAGUUUCAAGGCACCACUCUUGCAAAGUCUAAUUGUCAACAUUGGCUAUUCUAGAAUAAUGCGUGAAUUUGAUAUGCGUUACCAGAGAUUAUGUGAGCGGGGGGAGGCUUACAAGCAGUGGUUAGACCGGAUCCCUCGACAGCAGUAUGCCUUGGCGUAUGAUGGUGGACAUCGUUGGGGGCAUAUGACAACUAACCUAGUGGAGUGCAUUAAUGGAGUAUUGAAAGGGGCACGCAAUCUUCCGGUCACAUCCCUUGUUAAGGCAACUUUUUACAGGCUAAAUGCAUUGUUCAUAAGGAAGAGAGCUGAGGCUGAGGCUCGUAUAAGUGUAGGACAACUAUUCUCUGAAUAUGCAACUCAGAAAAUUCUGUCAAAUCAGCACUCAGCGGGGAACAUACAAGUUAACUUAUUUGAUAGGCAGAACGAGGUCUUUGAAGUGCGCGAGAUGGCAAGUGGGUUAGAGUUUGCAGUAGACUUGCGCCUUCAGCGUUGUGAUUGUGGUGAGUUUCAGGUGGAUCGAAUUCCAUGUCGCCAUGUAUUUGCCUGCUGUGCAAACCAGCGCCUGGAUUGGAAAUAG